AUGGGUAAACGCAAAUCCUCGAGCAAGCCCCAGGGCCCCAAGAAGCGCGAACCGCUCGCAACCACAUUCACUUGCCUCUUCUGCAACCACGAGAAGUCCGUCACGGUCAAGGUCGACAAGAAGGCUGGCGUUGGCACGUUGCAGUGCGGUGUCUGCGGGCAGAACUUCCAAUGCGGUGCCAACUACCUGAGUGCGCCCAUCGACAUCUACAGCGAAUGGGUUGAUGCUGCGGAUGCCGUCGCAAAGGAAGAGGCAGCAAGUGCUCCCAGAGCUCCUGCCGCAUCGUCACGCAAACAGGCGGUCGAUAACAGAUACGACGAUGACGAGGACGACCGACGUUACGAGGGAGAGGGUAUUGUCGGCGACGACGACGAGUACUGA